GAGAAGAAGCUCAUAGACGCCUGUUCAUCCUCUCUGGGUGCUUCUAGUAGACCCUCACUGCUGUUUUAAAUAGGACGGGUGGGUUUAAAAUAAAAGGAAAUAAAAACACAGUAAACAUGUCGGCGCGAACAUUGCCUCUUGUGUUUAUUAAUCUCGGUGGUGAAAUGCUGUACAUUCUGGACCAGCGACUGCGAGCUCAAAAUAUCCCAACCGACAAAGCUAAGAAAGUGAUGAAUGACAUCAUUACCACUAUGUUCAACAAGAAAUUCCUGGAGGAACUGUUCAAGCCACAAGAGCUCUACUCCAAAAAGGCUUUGAGGACAGUGUUUGAUCGACUUGCCCAUGCCUCCAUCAUGAGACUGAACCAAGCAAGUAUGGACAAGCUUUAUGACUUAAUGACCAUGGCAUUUAAAUAUCAAGUCCUUUUGUGUCCUCGCCCAAAAGAUAUUCUCCUUGUGACCUUUAACCACAUGGAUGCAAUAAAGGAUUUUGUGAGGGACACUCCCAGCAUUCUAAACCAAGUUGAUGAGACAUACAGCCAACUCAUAGAGAUCUAUACACCUCUGUCUGCUGGAGAAUUUCAACUUAUUAGGCAAACAUUGCUCAUAUUCUUUCAAGAUAUGCAUAUAAGAGUGUCUAUAUUUUUAAAAGACAAAGUGCAGAACUCCAACGGACGCUUCGUACUUCCAACAUCAGGACCUGUUCCAUAUGGCACCCAAACCCCAGGACUUAUUCGCAUGUUUAGCUGUAACGGUGAGGAGGUAAAGAGGUUGCAGUUUCAUGAUGGAGGAAACUACACUGCUGCACUUCGUGAGGGUUCUUUCGAGCUGUUUGGAGACAGAGUUAUUAAACUAGGCACAAACAUGUAUAGUGUUAGUCGUCCUGUGGAGACACACUUGUCUGGAACAUCUAAAAAUUCCUCCCAGCAUACCAAGGUCAACACAAUACCAAACCCAUUGGCAAAGGAGGAGCUAAAUCUGCUUGCUAAACUGAUGGGAGGUUUAGAGGUUCAGAAAUCAAGCAACACAGACUCUGGUUUCCGCGUUAACCUCUUUGCUACUGACGAGGAAGAAGAGGAGGCUUUGAUCUCAAGACCAGAGGAGUUCUCCUAUGAAGUUAUUAAUAUCCAAGCAACUAAGGACAAACAGGCCAAUGCAGAAUUGCAAAAGAUCAUGGGAGAAUUCACUGAAGCUAGAGAUCCUGCUCCGAGUUCCAGCAGCAAAGGAGAUGACCUGCUGGCCAUGAUGGACGGCCUGUGACACAGUGAUGAUGCAUUACAUCAGGCUUUGUACUGUGUGGAUGUACUGAAGUGUCUUAAUCUGGGAGCUGACAGACCUACCAUCUUACACCACAGCAACUGUUAGGAGCUGAUGUGUGUUCGUACUGGUGUAGUCGAUCUGUUCAUCUUGUGUGGAGCCUUCCGGUGUGGAGGAUUCUUCACGUCUAAGCAGCUGCAGUGCAGUCAUAACUUUAUGUAUGUUUACAUAAUGUAGUGAAUUCACUGUCAGCCACUUUGUUGUUUCAGCAACAAAUGCUAUUUUAAGUCACGAUGGAGACAGUCUGCGAGAAAGUAUAUCUUGAAAUGUUAGCACAAUUUGGUCAACCAAUAACAGCAAAUCAGAACUAGACCAAACAAAAUGAAAAUGAUUUCAGAUAGUGUAAUUUGCCUUUUAAGGUACUGACUGUGAGUAGCCAGCCAAUUCAAGUUCGCUAAAUCAGUAGAAAAAAACUAUUCCCUGACAAGAUUUGCUGGAAAAUACAAUACAGUGCAUUCAGAAAGUAUUCAGACCCCUUUCCUAAAAAUUUAAAGAAACAAGGCACUAGUCAUGACCCAUCCAACUUCACCCCGUCAUUAUUUUACUUGAGAAAAAUUGAAGUAAAAGUGAAAAGUAGCAUACGAGAAGACACUACACCCUACACGAAGUGUUAGUGUGUUAUAUUAUUUGUACUGAGGUAUUCAAAGCACUGUAGAAUCAAACGUCAUAAAAAGCCAUUGUUAUUCAUUUAUCCUGGUCAGGGUCACAGUGGGUCUUAAGUCCAUCACAGGCACAAGCCGAGCACACAUUUUGGACAUGGUAUCAGUUCACUUACCUAAUAACUGACUCUAUUGCACCUUCUGGCAAUCACUGUAGCCAGUCUAUUACUCAGCAUGUGGGAAACCCGGGACCCUGAAGCUGUGCUGCACCCACAAUACCUGCACCAGUAUUUAAAGAAUUUUGGGUGAGAUCAGCCAGAGCCCAGAGAAGUCGGUGGGUUUCUGAAUGUUGUUGAUGUCUAGUUUCUGCUUUUUUUGGUUUUCUGAAAUAUUCCCCAAAAAACGAUGUGGUUAUAUUUAUUACAGAAACAUGUAGAUUUUUUUUGCAGAGAGGGAUCAACAAUAACAGAUAUUUAAUAUUGCCAGUGGUAAAGCGCUAAACUAGUUUGUUUGUUUGUUUGUUUAUUAGGAUUUUAACGUCAUGUUUUACACUUUGGUUACAUUCAUGACAGGAACAGUAGAUACUCAUUGCACAAGGUUAUAUUGAACACAGUCAUGGACAAUUUAGCAACCCCAAUUCACCUCACUUGCAUUUGCAUGUCUUUGGACUGUGGGAGGAAACCAGAGCACCCGGAGGAAACCCACGCGGACACGGGGAGAACAUGCAAACUCCACACAGAAAGGACCCGGACCGCCCCACCUGGGGAUCGAACCCAGGACCUUCUUGCUGUGAGGCGACAGUGCUACCCACUUAGCCACCGUGCCGCCCCGCUUAACCAGUACCCUUAUCCCUUAAUUGCUCAAAAAUGUCCCUCGGGAUGAAUAUUUUAUUGCUUUGUGUGGUCAUAAAAAGAAAAAAAAACAAAUGUGAAGAUUUUUACAGCAGGAAAACACUGUGGUGCAAACAGUCCCUGAUAAUGCACCCAUAAUUCAUGAAGAUAAAGAAGUUACUCCAGUAGAAUGGUCAGCAUACUACUAGAAACUAAUUCAUUUAUUAUUGUAUUUAUUGUGUUUUGUCUCUGUGCUUUUGUUGCAAAAUCUGAGAAAAAAAAUCUAAGUUUUGCUUUUAAAGCACAUUAACACAUGCAUAAAUGUAAAUCAUGUUGAUUUUUUUCUUACCUGGAUCUGUAUGUUAAGGGUUCACUGUAUGGUUCAAAUUGUGAAGACCACCUGACCAUAAGUUUGUUGCACACCCCAUGUAAUUGCUAUUUUAACCAACAAAUUCUCAAAUGUAAAGAGGAAAACACACACACACACACGUGUUAAGUAUAGUAGCCCUCCUCAUGAAGUGCAGAUCAUGUCAUUUCAGUAGAUUCAGGUUUAAUGUCUAAUCUAUUUUAUUUAUUAUGUUUGUAACAUACAUUGUGCAGGCAGUUUCUCCAAGUUUCUCCUCAGUGGGGAGCUGUUGGCACUAUAGUAAUUUAAGUGUGUAUCAGGAAUGGUCUUUAUUGCUUUACAUAAUUUUUUUUUGUUGGAAUGUUAUGUUAAGUAGUUCCAUCUAAAAAUAAAAAUCAUGGAAUGAAAA